AUGAAUUAUCAGCCAACCCACAACGAAAAUAAUGUUGAUAAACCUACAGUAGAUGAAUCACAAGAAAUGUUAUUAAGAAGGUCUCGAAGAUCAAGAAGGUCUAUUAUUUAUGAGGGCUAUGUGGCAUAUCUACAAGAGUCAGAAUUUGACUUAGAAAUUGAUACAGAUCUAGUUUCAUUUUCACAAGUCAUUGAAAGUGAUAAUUCUACUAAAUGGGUAGAUGCCAUGAAAGAUGAGCUAAAGUCUAUAGAGCAAAAUGAUGUUUGGGACCUUGUUGAAUUGCCUAAAGAUUGUAAAACUUUUGGUGGAUCAGAUGGUGGUGAUGGAGCUGAAUUUGAUGGUGGAGGAGGACCUGUUGGUGGAUUGGCCACUGGUGGUGGUGGUGGAGGGGAAUUCGUUGGUGGAGGUGAACUCCUUAGUGGAUUAGAUACUGGCGGUGGUGGUGGUCGAGAUGAACUGGUUGGUGGUGGUGAGACAGGUGGUUGUGCAGGAGGCGACGGAGUAGAAGGUGUGGAGGGGUCAGGUGGAUUUGCAUUGGGCUCACACGGUGAGGAGGUUGUAGGAGGUGGAGAAGAUGGCUGCGAUGAUGGGGGUGGACUGGUGUUAGAUGGUGGUGGACGGAGGGUGCUGGAGGUGGCACAACAGUUGGAGAUGAAUUUGGAGGCAACAUGGCAAUAA